UUCCCGGAGAAGGAGAUGGUUUUAGAGAUUCUAGAAACAGCAUCUCCUGGGUCCCGUUUCCCCUUGGAAAGCGCCCAGGACAAGGACGUGGGCAUUAAUGGUUUGCAAAACUACAGCCUCGGGCCCAAUCCUCAUUUCUCCCUCGCUACUGGAACAGUGAAAGAUGGAGUAAAAUACCUGGAACUUGUCCUACAGCGCCAGCUCGAUCGUGAAGAGCAGGGAGAGCUGAAUUUACUUCUCACCGCCACCGAUGGGGGAUCACCACCCAGGUCGGGCACGGCUCAGGUCCGGAUCGUCGUGGUGGAUGCCAAUGACAACACCCCGGUCUUCGAAAGGGAGACCUACGAGGUGCGGCUGGCUGAGAACAGCCCCGUGGAGCAGCUGGUGGUCAGAGUCUCUGCCACGGAUCCCGAUGAAGGGUCCAACGGGAAAGUGCGCUAUGCCUUCACCCAGACAUCGGAGCGAGCCCGGCAGCUCUUCCAGCUGAACCCGAGCACCGGUGAAAUACGAGUCGCGGGCAAGCUGGAUUUUGAGGAAGAAAAAUUCCACAAGAUGGUUGUGAAAGCCACGGACGGCGCGGGGUUAUCUGCGCAUUGCAAAGUGCAGGUGGAGGUCCUGGAUGUGAAUGACAACGCUCCGGAGAUAGCGCUCACCUCCCUCACCGCCUCCAUUCCCGAGGACGCCCCGCCACGCACCGUGGUGGCUCUGUUCAGUGUGCGGGACCGGGACUCCGGCGACAACGGCAGGACGGAGUGUUCCAUCGACGGGGACUUGCCGUUCAGUCUCACCCCCACUUUUGAUAAUUACUACGAACUGAGAACAAACGCGGCUCUGGACAGGGAGAGGACAGCGGAAUAUAACAUCACCAUCACAGCCACGGACUGGGGCAGAAAGAGGCUGAGCUCUCAGGAAAACAUCUUCGUGCAGAUAUCGGAUGUGAACGACAACCCCCCAGAGUUCACCCAGGAGGUUUACACCUUGUCUGUCACGGAGAACAACAGCCCCAUGCUCCGGAUCGGCAGCGUGAAGGCCACGGACGCCGAUGCAGGAAAAAACGCCCGUGUGAACUACGCACUGGUGCGGCAGGAGGGCAAAGAGCAGCCCGAAAUGUCCGUCAAUUCUGAAACCGGGGAUGUUUAUAUCCUCCGCCCCCUGGACUACGAGAAGGUCCCCUCCUUCGAGGUGACAGUGAGCGCAGCCGAUGGUGGCUCCCCGCCGCUCAGCGCCCAGGCCGUGCUUCGCGUGGUCGUGCGGGACGAGAACGAUAACGCGCCCGUGCUGCUGCACCCGGCCCCCGACAGCAGCGCGGCCGGAGAGCUGGUGCCGCGCUGGGCACCCUCCGGCUACCUGGUGGCCAAGGUGGUGGCGGUGGACGCGGACGCGGGGCAGAACGCGUGGCUGUCGUACGAGCUGGCCAAGGCGACGGAGCCGGGGCUGUUCCGCGUGGGGCUGCACAGCGGCGAGGUGCGCACGGCGCGGGCCGUGUCCGAGCGGGACGCGGCCCGGCAGAGGCUGAUCGUGCUGGUGCGGGACCGCGGGCAGCCGGCGCGCUCUGCCACCGCCACCCUCGCCGUGGCACUGGUGGACGGCUUCUCCGAAGCCCAUUUACGGGUGAGCGAGGAGGCACCGGCCGCCGAGCCCGACGGGCCGCUUACUCUUUACCUCAUCGCCUCCCUGGUCUGCGUGUCGGCGCUGUUCCUCGCCACCGCGGUGGCCGCCGUGGUGGUGAAGGUGCGGCGAGCCUGGCGGAGCGAGACGGACACUUUGCCCACGUUCCCGACGACUGCCACGGAGAGCACCGCGGGCUCCCUGCCCCGCAGCUACGUGUACGAUGUCUGCUUCGCCGCCGGGACCGUCAACAGCGAGUUCCGCUUCCUCAGGCCCCUCUUCCCCUGCUUCCGCCGGGCUGCCCCCCGGCCCGGGCCAGCAGCGGAGCUCGGUGUGCUCGCAGGAUGCGGCCAACCUCGGGGGCGAAGGCGACUGGAUUGCACAGGGCAGCGCUCCCCUCUCUGAAGAUACGGGGCCCAGGGCUGCAGAUGCAGUUUGCCCUGCAAACAGGGAGCUGGAGCUAAAUGUCAGUUCUGAGCAAAACCCUUGGCUUGCCCA